GCUGAGGUUUGUUGUAGUAGCCUUUCACCGGUUCUCUGUCAUGUCGGAGAGAGCAGCGCAGUGAGGACACACAACCGCCGGUGUCGAGCCCCUCCUUUCUGGGCUAGAUAGACUUCCCGUUACCCCGGCCCACGCAUUGUAAAACAAAUGUAUUUCGAAUUGAAAACCCAAAACUGCUCUUAGGCGUGUGUAGUAGUUGGUUACGUUACUCCCCGCCAUGUCAGUCAGCUUCCACCGUGCCGAGCUAGCUAGCUAGCAACGUUAGCAUCAAUAUUGCCGCACGAGCGCCACCGCCGCACUUCAUGUUAGCUAGCUCUGUUCGGUAGCUAUGUGUUACGUUCGCCGUUUCCAUGGUGUUCGUGGCUUCAAGCGUCCCGAGCGCCUCACCAGUCAUUGUGAUCCAGUCUUUGACGUGGAAGCAAUGAACAAUGACCAUAGUUGACAGAUCUUCAGAAAAGUCUGACCACGAGUCAGUCGGGUGUAAGCGAUCUCCCUUUACCAGUGGAGACGUGGGGAUGGAUGGCAGCUGUUCCAGCAGCUGGGCAAUGGGUCCCACCAUGCCGAGCGACUCUCCGAGGAUGAAGGCUGCUGGAGGCUGCCUGGGCCCCACGCCUGGAGCUGCAGUCUACAACAGUACAGCCUCCUCUGUGGACCGGCCCAAGGAGCAAGUGAUAAGCAGUGGUGAUGGCAUUGACUCGCCCCAGAAGGUCCUCUUCCCUCCAGAGCGCCUCACCCUAAAGUGGAACCAGACUCACCGCAUUGGUGCAGGCCUGCAGAACAUGGGGAACACCUGCUUCCUCAACUCAGCCCUGCAGUGUCUCACCUACACCCCGCCGUUUGCCAACUACUUGCUGACACGGGAGCACUCCAAAACAUGUCACGAGCCAGGAUUCUGUAUGAUGUGCACCAUGCAAAACCACAUCAUUCAGGUUUUUGCAAACUCUGGGAAUGUCAUUAAGCCCAUUGGUGUGCUCAAUGAGCUCAAAAGGAUUGCUAAGCACUUCCGCUAUGGAAGCCAGGAGGAUGCCCAUGAGUUCCUGCGGUACACAGUGGACGCUAUGCAAAAGUCCUGCUUACCUGGAGCCAAAUUGGACAGGCAAACACAGGCAACCACUUUCAUCCAUCAAGUAUUUGGCGGGUACCUACGGUCCAGAGUUAAAUGUUUAAACUGCAAAGCAGUCUCCGAUACAUUUGAUCCGUUUCUGGACAUAACUCUGGAAAUUAAGACGGCUCCCAGUGUCUCUAAGGCUCUGGAGCAGUUUGUGAAGCCAGAACAGCUGGACGGAGAAAAUGCCUACAAAUGCACCAAGUGCAAAAAAAUGGUCACAGCCUCAAAGAGAUUUACCAUCCACCGCAGCUCCAACGUGCUCACCCUCUCGCUCAAACGCUUUGCAAACUUCAGUGGAGGCAAAAUCACCAAGGAUGUGAAAUAUCCAGAGUACCUGGACCUGCAGCCCUGCAUGUCCCAGUCUCAAGGGGAGCCCCAGGUCUACGGGCUGUUUGCUGUGCUGGUCCACUCUGGGUUCAGCUGUCAUGCUGGACACUACUUCUGCUAUAUUAAGGCAAGCAAUGGGCAGUGGUAUCAGAUGAACGACUCCUCCGUGUCCGUCAGUGACAUCAGGUCUGUUCUCAACCAGCAGGCCUAUGUCCUGUUCUACAUCAAGUCCAGUGACGGGAAGAAAGCAGGAGACUACAGCCACAUGAACCAUAACCCCGGCAUCCCUGGUCAGUCGUCUCCACGGCCGGUGGUGAUACCGCGCAUCAACACCACCGUACACCACAACAACAACAACAACAACAACAUUGGCUUCAUAGGUCCCCAGCUGCCACCACACAUGACCAAGCGCACUCUCCAUGUUAAUGGGAAUGGAUCUCUGAGGGACUAUCCCACCAACUCCAACUCCAAGCCCAGCACCAGCACCAGCAGCGGUGUUUUGGGAAAACCUAGCCAUGGACUGGCCUCUUCUUCCUCUUCUUCCAUCUCCCACUCAAUCAGCCGGCCCACAAUGAUCCCAGACCACGACAAGCGCCAGAAGCUUUCAUUCUUCAUUGGACAAGGCAAACUGAACCGCCCGUCUUCCUCCUCGUCCUCGUACAGCCAGCCGUCCUCUGCCAGCUGCAGCAGCAGCAGUAGCAGCAGCAGCAGCAGCAGCAGCAGCAGCUCCUCCUCCAGCUCUUUAUCCUCCUCGCAGUCUACCUCAGACGUUCGCUUUGUUCCACGUCAGCUUAACCACGUUAACGGCGUGUCUCGCAGUAACGGGGACCACCACACAGGAGGAAACGGAGCGUCAUUCUUGGUGCCGUACGGCCAAGAGUCUUCAGAGGAAUCAGACCAGGAGAACUGUGGCACUCUGGAUAACGGUGGUUUAACCAAGUCUCACCUUAAUGGAAACAUGAGAACGGGUGAUAACUCUACUCAAACUACCAACGGAGAUUCGGGAGUGCACCACAACGGUAACGGAUUAAAUGGACCAACUAAUGGCGUCUCUAAAUCCAGUCAAAAUGGGCUCCAUAAUGGACACCACAAAGUGAAUGGACACAACACCCCUAAUAAACUCUCUGGCAGUAAUCACGACACUUCAUCCCCUGUGGCCACUGUUGUUGCUAAUGGACUUGACAGUGACCAUAGUCCAACAAGCAAAGAGACACACACUUCUGCCUCAUCCCAAGCCACUUCUUCUCAGAGCAUCCAUCGAGCCAGUGAAAGCCAGCCCAUCUCCACUCCUGACACAAGGGCUCAAACGGUGUCUGAACCCCUGCCUCAGCAUACAGCGUCCUCCGCUGUCAGCGCUCCACCUCCAGCUAAUGCUACAAAGACCCAUUCUGUCACAUCCAGAGAACCGGCUUCCUCUUCUGCCCAGCACGGCAAACCUGCGGCCUUAUCCACCCCGACAGACGCCUCCCAAAGUACCAAUGGAGCCUCGGUAGCUCCACAGGUCAGCAGAGGUGAGGGAGAAGCAAAGGAUCUACCGCAGACCAGUGAUCCAUCAGCAGGGACGGAAGCGCGCACAGAUGCUAAGGAGCAAACUCAGUCCAAGCCCAGUUCUAGAGGUAAUGAAAGACAAACUUCCCGAGACAGGGAGAAAGACAGACUGUAUUCUGACUGGAGCAGAGACAAGGACAAACACUACAGGGACAGGAGUCAGGAGCGAGAAAGUGACGGUGAUCGACAUCGGCACAGACGAGACUCCCGAGAUCCCUACCAACACCAGCGCUCACACAGGGAUCGUUUGUCUCCUCACAAUCGUUCCAGCAGGGACUGGGACUCUGAGCGUCGCAGAGAGCGGCCCCUCCAUCAUCCCAGGGAGCGUGAUCGUGACAGAUGCUCUAACCAUUACCACCACUAUCACCAUUACAGCUCCAGAGAGGACUGGGACCGUGAGCGGAGGGGACACGGUGAUCCCUACCGCGAGGAGUCUCAUAACCGCGGGAGGUGGCAGCAGGAGAGUCGAGAGUCCCGGUCGAUGAAAGACAAGAGCAACGGCAGGGAGAGAGAAUAUGACUCAUCAAAAGAGGAGACUUCCUCGCCUAACACGGAGCCAGAAACCUCAGAAAAGUCCAAGGGCUCACCCCCUCGGGCUCGUCUCGCCACGUGUGAAUCCGCUCCAAACAGAGAGGAUCAGAAUCACAAGAGGACUGCUGAUCCUCCAAGCAAGGAGAGGGAGGACAGCUCUGAGGCUCGGCGCUCUAAAAAACACAAAAAGAGCAAGAAAAAGAAGAAGUCAAAGGAUAAAGACAGACACCGUGAGAGCGGAAGCUCCGAAGUGGAUUCAGACAGAGCCACUGACCCAAAAAAGAAGAAGAAGAAGAAAAGGAGGCGGCAGCGGGACAGCGAGGCCGAGCAACAAAGCCCAGGAGCAGCUCGCAUCCACAAAAACAGAAGCAGCGAGGAGAGAGAGAGCCGCAAGCGACGUUACUAUGACAUCAAGGACGCUAAACAUGACAAUAUUUCUUUGCCAGAAAAACGCCGGCGCACAGACGACGCUGAUGACCAUCUACUCCCCUCUAACCCCACCCCACCCCCAAACGGCCCAACUCACCACCAUCUCAACGGAUACAAAGGAAAUGGUUACAGCCACACCAAUGGCGACUCCCACGGAUUCUGCAGUGGCUUGAAACACUGACUGUACGCUUCACCAUUUUAACAACAGCAGAGGAAUGACAACUGUUUUGACGUGGUGCUUCGUUGUUGGGAAUAUAUUGUAUUUUUGCCACGACAAGUGUUUUAAAUGUUGGGAAAUCUUUUUUUUUUUUAAGGCAUUGAUUUGCCGUAAUUCUCCUAACUAUGGUUAAAAGAAGACAGUCGCCCGUUGGACAUUUAUGAUGAAAAAUAUUAAUAUAUACUUGUAUGAACACAAAGCCUGGAGCUUAAACAUCUCAACUGCUGCUCAGUGGAACUCAGGACAUGAAAAGUUGUUAACAUCCUUCGCGGAUAUCCACCUGCUUCAAAGAGCGCUGAAACUAAAGGGAGAUGUGUUGCCCGGGAGAAGAACCGAGGCAUCGUGUUGGCUGCAGGUUUAAGAUGUCACCGUAUCUACAGAGCUGAUCCCGCCGGGAGCAGACAAACGAACGGAGAUAUUCACGAAGAGACAGACGAGUGCUGGCGUCGCGGACUGAUCCCUCCACAUGAACCCUGGACAGACUUGAGGACAUUUCCCAGCUUCUUUUUGGUUUCCAUUUUUGCUCUGAAGCCUAAGAUUCACUCCGUCAUUUUUUAACUUUUACACGGACGCAGAGGUUCCCCCGGAUCAUCGCUCUGUAUCCUCUGUUUGUUUUUUUACGUUAAAAAAAAAGAAACCAUCAAAUAUUUGUUAUCAUGCCUGUGGACCAUUUGUGUUUGCUUUUUAAUGAAAAAUACAGUUUUGUGUCUUCUAGCGUCAUAAAAAAUACUGUGAAUUUAAUUUUGAACUGUACUAUCAGUUAUUUUUAUACGUAAAAAUCCUGCAUCAGGGUUAUCAGUAGAUGUUUUGUAUUUGUUUUCAGAAGAAUUCAUGUUAAUAUUGACCAUAUUCUCUGGACAAAACACUUGGGAAUGAGUAUGGUUUGCUUUUGUUUUCUGUUUUGUUUCUUCUGUUAUACCUUUUUUUUUAGUUUAGCAUGUCAGAAUUUAUACAUUGUAUAAGGUAAAAGCCUUAAAAUACAUUUGUUAAUGUCAGAAAUUGUAAUUUGUUCUUGGUCUUUGAUUACAAGCUGCAUUGAAAUGAAUGGGACAACGUUGAUUAGCGAGUUGCCAGGGAUUUAAAAAGAAAAGCUCCCGUCUGCCUUUUUGUAUACGAGGAAUAGAUGGAUUGUAUCCGAGCCUCUUGUUGAACAAACCUUCCACGUUAAAUGAUGACAUGUA